AUGGCGCCCCUGAAGAGGAAGGCCGUCACUGACGAGCGGCCGAGCAAGAAGGCAAAGGCUGUUGAUGUCAAUGAGCAGGAUGCGCCAAAAGAAAAGAAGCCUCCACGAAAGUCGCAAGAUGGCGACAGGAAAGAGAAGAAAGAGAAGAAGUCAGCUCUGAGCUCAAUCUUGCAGCAGGAGGAGAGCGCAUUUCCACGAGGCGGUGGAGGCGUCUUGACUGCACUGGAGCAGAAACAGAUUCAAGUGCAAGCUGAGCGGGAUGCUCUGUUUGAACAAGAAGGUGGAAAGGCCGACAACGAAGAGGAUGCAGGACUUUUCGAUGAAGAGGCCCCUGCAAAGAAGAAGCAGAAGAAGAGCCGCAAGAAUGAGGAAGAUGUGAUCAAGAAGAUCGAAGGUUCCGGGAUUCGGAUACAGAGCCUGAGCUACAAGAACCUGGCCGUUGGAAGUUCAGUCUUGGGCCGAGUGACCGCUGUCACAAGCAAAGAUGUGGCGCUUGCUUUGCCCAACAAUCUGACCGGAUACGUUCCAAUCAGUGCCAUCUCCGAGCGACUCACCGCACGUAUCGAACGAGUGCUGGCCGACGAUGCGAAACCCGCAGCUGAGGACGAUGGCGAGGACGACCAAGAUAUCGACCUGAAACAGAUUGUACACACGGGACAGUGGCUGAGAGGUACAGUCACGGCGAUGGGCACGGAGACCAGCGGCAAGAGCAAGAAGCACAUCGAGCUGUCAAUCGACCCAAGCCAAGUCAACGGCGGGCUCGAGCAGGACAAUUUUGUGCCCAACAACACAAUUCAAGCGGCUGUUAGAAGCGUGGAAGAUCGUGGUAUCGUCAUGGACCUUGGACUGCCUGACGACACCGUCACAGGUUUUGUGAGCAAGAAGGAGCUGGGCUCGGCCUAUCAGUUGGACCAGAUACAGGAAGGCCAGGUUAUGCUCUGUCUCGUCACUGGCAAGGGAAGUAAUGGAAAAGUCUUGAAGCUCUGCCCGGAUCCAAACAAGUUCACCGUUACCAGCAAGGAGGGAAAGCCACCAUCGCUCACUCAGGCGCCUACAGUGGACGCCUUCCUUCCUGGAACUGCGGUCGAGAUGCUGGUGGUCGACUCUGGUCCAAAAGGUGUUGCCGGCAAGGUCAUGGGCAUGCUGGAUGUCACUGCUGAUAUCGUGCACUCUGGAGCCGCGCGUGAGGAUGAUAUGAGCAAGAAGUACAAAGUGGGUUCGAAAGUAAAGGCUCGCAUAAUUUAUGCAGUACCGAAGGAUGAUGGCUCGCGACGAGUAGGUGCAUCAUUCCUGGAACACAAUCUGGCCCUGACAGCUCCACCCACGAAAUUGCCCGUCAACGCCACGGCGACAUUGAAGGCGGAAUCAGCAAGUCUCGCCCAGGAGCUCCCGCUUUCCUCGAGUGUUAAGGCCAAGGUCAUCCGUAUAUCCGCCGACAGAGGGCUUUUCUUCACACUCGCUCAAGACGGUCGUAGAGGUCUCGAAGCUCAGGCUUUUGCGCACAUCUCACAGAUUUCGGACGAGCACACAGAAACUCUCUCGGAGACGGGCCUAUACAAACCUGACACCGUUCAUGAUGCGCGAAUCUUGGCGUACAACCCAGUCGAUAACACGUACUACGUGUCCAUGAAAAGAUCUGUUCUGGACCAAACCUUCCUGCGCCUUGAAGAUCUGCCCGUGGGAGAAGUUGUCAAGGGAACUGUGGACAAACUCAUUCUUGGUGGACCAAAAGGCAUCACUGGUGUGGUGAUCAAGCUCAGCGACAACAUCACUGGCCUGGUACCGGAAAUGCAUCUUAGCGAUGCUCAGCUCCAGCACCCUGAGCGCAAGUUCCGUGAAGGAUUUCCCGUGAAAGCGCGCGUCUUGUCUGUUGAUACUGAGAAGAGACAGGCGCGGUUGACGCUCAAGAAAUCGCUUGUCGAGAACGAUGCAUUGGUCUGGAAGGACUAUGCAGAUCUUCAACCAGGCAUGGAGGGCAAAGGCACCAUCAUCAACCUGCGGUCGAAUGGCGCGGUAGUCCAAUUCUAUGGCCACUUGAGAGCUUGGCUGCCCGUUGCUGAGAUGAGCAACACUUACGUGGAGAAUCCAGAGCACCACUUCCGUCUCGGCCAGACCGUGAACGUGAGGAUCCUUUCGGUCGAUCCUGACAAGGACGAAAUGAAGGUCACCUGCAGGGAUGAAAGCGUCUUUGAGCCGGAGCAACAACAGGCUUGGAAGUCUAUCGAUGGCGGCGACCUUGUCACUGCGACCGUCUCUGGCAAGACAGCUGACGGAAUAUCGGUCGACCUGGACAACGGCCUCAAGGGUACUAUCAAAGCCAGCCAUCUCACAGACGGCUCAGCGUCCAAGGCUGAGAAGGAGCUGAAGCGCAUCCGCGUUGGCCAGAAACUUGCAAACCUGCUUGUGCUCGACAAACUUGAGCGAAGCCACACUUUGGUAUUGACCAACAAGCCUGGUAUGGUAGAAGACGCCAAGUCCGAGAGGCUCAUUAGGGCCCCCUCUCAAGCACAACAAGGCAAGAAGGUGCACGGAUUUGUGAGGAAUAUCACUCCCGAGAGCAUCUACGUUGAGUUUGCCAAUGGCGUUGUUGGUCUGCUACCCAAAACCCAAGUCCCCUCAGACAUGCUUGCGGAACCCACGUUCGGGUUGAGGAAAGACCAGACGAUAGCGACUUGGGUAGCCAGCACCGACGCGACCACCGAGCGUUUUGUACUCACCAUGAGAGAGCAGACUGCGGCCAAUCCACGUCCUGCAACAAAGUCAGCAGAUGGCGAACCUGUAAUCGACGCUGUAGACUCGUCAGUCAAGUCCAUGGCUGACUUUGAGCUGGGCAAGGUUGUGAAAGCACGUAUCGACACUAUCAAGUCUACUCAAAUCAACGUUCGUCUGGCAGACAAUAUCCAAGGGCGUGUCGACGUCAGCGAGGCUUUCGAUUCGUGGGACGAGAUCGCAAACAAGGGUGCUCCACUGCAAGACUUCAAACAAGGUGAUUUCAUCGACCUCAAGCUCCUGGGAAUUCACGAUGCUCGCAGUCACCGCUUUUUGCCGAUCAGCCAUCGGCAGGGUAAGGUCCCAGUCUUCGAGCUUUCCGCAAAAGCAUCCAGGGUCAAGAAGGGAGAUGAGUCGCUUUUGAGCUUGGACACAGUCAAGCCUGGCUCUUCACAUCUCGCAUUUGUGAACAAUCAUGGCGACAAUUGCGUUUGGGUGAACCUGUCGCCGGCUGUUCGAGGCAGGAUUGCGCUCAUGAAUCUUUCGGACGAUGCUGGUCUAUUGCAGGACGUCGAGAAUCGAUUCCGGGUCGGUUGUGCUUUGCGAGUCAAAGUCAAGAGCGUCGACGUGAAUUCCAAUCGACUCGACCUGACAGCACGACUGAAUGAAUCCAGCGAGCCUACUUCGCUGACAGCCUUAACACCUGGCAUGGUACUUGCAGCACGAGUGACAAAAUCAUCUGAACGCUUGGUACAUGUACAGAUCUCGGACAGCAUCUCCGGUGCCGUGCCUCUUGUGGAACUCAACGACGACUACGACCAGGUCAACCCUGCUCAGUACAAGAAGAAUGACAUUGUUCGUGUCUGUGUGCUAGCAGUAGAUGUGCCAAACAAGAAGGCCUUCUUCAGUCUGCGACCAUCCAAAGUCUUGAGCUCAAGCUUGCCUGUCAAGGAUGCAUCAGUCACAGACGUGGGUCAAGUGAAACCUGGAGAUCUUAUCCGCGGUUUCGUCAAGCAGGUUGCCGACAAGGGCGUCUUUGUUUCUUUGGGUGCUCGCGUUGAUGCCCUUGUGCGGAUCGCGGAUCUCAGCGAUCAGUUCGUCAAGGACUGGAAGAGCAUGUACGAAAUUGACCAGCUUGUCACAGGCCGUAUCCUGUCUGUCGAUCCCGCGGCCAAACAGAUCCAAAUAAGCUUGAAGAAGUCGCAUGUGGACGGCAAAUACACACCACCCUGGACCAUCAGCAGCUUGAAGCCUGGCAUGGUGGUUACUGGUAAGGUUCGAAAAGUGGAAGAUUUUGGAGCGUUCGUGGACAUCGACAACACCCAUCCAAAACUCUCCGGAUUGUGCCACAGAAGCGAGGUUGCGGCCAGGCGAGUGGAGGACGUUCGAAAGCUAUACAGCGCUGGAGAUGUUGUCAAAGCUAAGGUCCUCAACGUUGACACUGAGAGCAGAAAGAUCAGUCUCGGUCUGAAGGCCAGCUAUUUCAACGAAGGUCCAGAAGACGAGGAAGAGAGCGAAGAGGAAGACCAAGAAAUGGACGGCGUGGAACUCGACGGCGAGGAUGAAUCAGAUGCUGAGGGUGGUGUCGACCUGGACGAUAUCGCAACUUUUGAAAGCGAGGACGAUGCCAUUGAUGCGGACGAUAUGGAUGUCGAUGAUGAGCCACCCGCAAAGUCGACAAGCGGACUGAAGACAAGCGGCUUCGACUGGAGCGGCAAUGCCCUCGACUCGAAUGUCAGUGGUGGUGGCUACGAGUCUGAGCCGGAAGCUGCUACGACCAAGAAGCGGAAGCGCAACAAGCCGGAGAUCAAGGAAGACCUGACAGGCGACCUCGAUAAAUAUGGCCCGAGAAGCGUCAGCGAUUUCGAGCGACAGCUCUUGGGGCAGCCAAACAAUUCCGGCCUCUGGAUCCAAUAUAUGGCCUUCCAACUUCAACUAAGCGAGACGGAGAAGGCUCGGGAAAUUGCUCAGCGGGCUCUCAAGACUAUUCCCAUCCGCGAAACGGACGAAAAGGCCAACGUUUGGAUUGCCUGGUUGAACCUGGAAGUGGAGUACGGCGAUGACGACAGCGUUGACGAUGUCUUCAAGGAAGCGUGCCAGAUGCAGGAUUCACUGGAAAUGCACCAAAAGCUUGCGUCGAUCUACAUCGAUUCGGGCAAGCACGACAAGGCCGACGCCGUAUUCGAGCGAAUUGUCGGAAAUAAGGCCUUCCGCGCAAGUCCAGACAUCUGGCUCAACUACGCUUCAUUUCUCAUGGACAGCCGUCGGGCACCUGACCGUGCUCGCGCUCUUCUGCCAAAGGCGAUGCAAUCGGUCCCAACUAACGAACAUCGUCUCCUUACUGCCAAAUUUGCUGCUUUGGAGUAUCGAUCCAAAGGAGGCGACGCAGAGCGCGGUCGUACCAUUUUCGAGGGUCUCGUCACGGAGUGGCCGAAAUGGCACUCGGGCUGGGACAUGUGGGCCGAUCUGGAACGUUCGCAACUCUCUCACGCGGAGUCUGAAGACGCCAAGUAUGCGGCUGUAGAGAGGGUUCGCAAAUUGUACCAGCGGAUGGCGGAGCAGAAGAUGAAGAAGAGAAGAGCGAAGUAUCUGUUCAAGAAGUGGUUGGAGUUUGAGGAGCAGGAGGGUGGUGAGAAGAAUGCCGAGAGGGUCAAGACGUUGGCCACGGAGUAUGUGGAAAAGAUGCAGAAGACUGGCGAGGACGAUGACAUGGAGGAGUAG